AUGGCGAGUAGACGGAGCACUCGCAACGUCGCAAGGGUUGAUUAUCGAUCAUUGCAUCUUGAGCUGGACUAUGACGAAAGUGCCAAAUAUGCGAGGAAAAGUAAAUUGAGUGAGGCUGCAAAGGAGAACUACAACACUGCAGUGGAAACGAAUUCCUCUAGCUCUCUCGAUUUAAACCAGAAUAACACGGAAGAACUCAGCGACGAUGAAUUUGGAGGGCAAGACACGCGAGAGGAAAAGCCAUCGAGUGCUCCUAAAACGCGUAAGAAGCGUAGACGGGUCAAACAAAAGAGCGUCGAGAAGCCGCCGAAGCGAGCGUACUACAAAGUCGAAGAGGCCACCGACGACGGCUCGUCAUCGGACUGGGAGCCCGAGCAGCGCCCUAAAAGACCACCAAACUGGAAAGGAGAGCGUUUGACGGGAGCUCCGCCAUCAAUGUACAUUCCAUGGCAAGGCUACUCCAACAGCAUCCAUGCCCCAAAGAAUCCGCCAAUGAAAUUGGCGGACUUGAAGAGUGAUAAGUAA